AUAGUAGACGUUAGGGCAGCCAUCGUUUUACCUAAUUCAUGUCCAACCCAAAAUGGGAAAGAGGUGCAAGGACUGGAGAGGAUAGAUCGAACAGCAAUGGAAUAGCUUGGGAAUUAUGUUUAAAUUGCAAAACCUCGCUUUUCCAAUCCUCUCUGUAGAUUUUAUUGGUUGUAAAGAAGAAGUUACCGAGCCAAGGGAGGGGGAGGACUAGGGAGGAGGACUUGGCAGGAGAAGGAGAACCGCAGGAGGAGGCCUCGGCAGGAGGAGGAGUGCUCUGUGUGUGUUCUAACUUCCCAGAGGAGCAUGGGGCAGAGCGUCCCUGGAGGCAUAAAGACUAUUGACAUGAAGGACCCGGCGUUCAGGCCUCUGGAGCUGGCAGCUCUGGACCACGCCAAGCCCUCCAGGCUGGACCUGCUGCUGGACAUGCCCCCUGCUGGACAGGAGGUCCAGAUGCAGCACUCCUGGAACAACAACGACCGAUCCCUCAACAUCUUUGUCAAGGACGACAACAAACUGGUCUUCCACCGGCACCCCGUGGCUCAGAGCACGGACGCCAUCCGGGCCUGUAUCGGCUACACCCGGGGGCUGCACAUCUGGGAGAUAAACUGGGCCAUGAGACAGCGGGGAACGCACGCCAUCGUCGGUGUGGCGACAGGAGACGCGCCUCUUCAUUCUGUAGGCUACACGACCCUGGUGGGUAAUAACCACGAGUCCUGGGGCUGGGACCUGGGACGGAAUAAACUUCACCACGAUGGGAAGAACCAGCCCAGUAAGACAUACCCUGCAUUCCUGGAGCCGGAUGAGACGUUUCUAGUCCCCGACUCGUUCCUGGUAGUGUUGGACAUGGACGAAGGGACUCUGAGCUAUAUAGUGGACGGACAGUACCUGGGGGUGGCUUUCAGAGGACUCAAGGGGAGGAAGCUGUAUCCUGUCGUCAGUGCUGUGUGGGGGCACUGUGAAAUACGAAUCCGGUACAUCAAUGGACUUGAUCCUGAGCCUCUCCCUCUGAUGGACCUGUGUCGGCGCUCUGUGAGGGUAGCUCUGGGCAGAGAACGACUGAGUGAGAUCCAUGCUCUGCCCCUACCAGCCUCGCUCAAGAAUUACCUGCUCUACCAAUGACCCCUCAGCACAACAACAUAGAACAUGACUCAGAUCCAUGGUCUGCCCCGUCUGUUCCCUCAAUACAUACACAGAACACGCUUAACCCUUGCUCUCUCUGUCUCUGGGAUUUCCCCUCUCCGGAGGGUAACCAACCAGUUCCACAAUUCAGCACAUGACUCCAGCCUCUGGGUUUAGGACUCUGACUCAUCCUUCCCAUCCCUCAGGGCUGGUUUGUACCAAUCACAUUUUACGACGGAGUGAGAACACCAUUGUGUGACGCUUGGAGUGUUCAGGAAGCUGUAGACACUGUGGUUGGUGAUGGGGUCAAGUCUUCUUUCGGGUUUUUAUAAUCCUGUUUUUAUGGUUUACUUCAAUUUAUAUAUACUGGGAUAUCCAUGUCUGUGAUGGACAUGACAUGCAAAGGACUUUAUGCCGAUCUUUACUGGUCCUGAGGACUAGGAGAUGACUGCCACAGUCGUACUCCAGUAUGUCUGUCUGUCUGUAUGUUGAAAUGCAAUGAGUUUGAUGGUACGUAAGUAUGUUGUGACCGCAACACCUCUUAAUAAUGAUUGACUUUGUCUCUCCUUUUCAGUAUGUCUUUUUAAAUGAAAUAUCAAUCAAGUGAUUGCUGUGUGACAUGUCCUGUUGGUAAAUAGUUAGAUUAUUGUGUUGGAAUCAAACCUCCACCCCCCCCCACCCCCCUUCAGGGCCCUUGUGUGGUAUAAUAGAUUAGUAUGUUGCGUGUUGAAAAUAUAUUUGUAAGCAUUUUCUACGCAUAAAGAUGGUACCAUUUCUCAUCUUUACCUGUUGUUCCUCUUCAAUGGUCGAUCAGGAAAUAAUACUCCCUUUUUAUAUGCUUAAGAUUUUAUGAGAUUUCCUUGGAAGGUUUGAUAAAGUUAGUACUCAGUAGAUGAAUGGUGGAUCUAGCCCGGUGAUGACCCAGCACUGACCUCUGAUGUUAAUAAGGAGGUGAUACAUCUCCAUUUCUCCUGGAAGCAGCAGCAGCACCGUAGUUUGUCCCUCAAGGUGACCGCACACCUCCUACCCCCACCCUUUUUAAAGGAUCAGUUCACCCAAAUAAAUAAAAAUAAAAAUAAAAAAAGUACAUCUUUGUUUCCUGACCAUUGUAAGCAGUCUAGGGACAAGGACAGAGUGCAAUCCAAGCUUUGGGUUUGUUUACCUAGACUCCCGUUAUCCAUAGACUGCUUUCAGGGAAAGAAAGUGUCAUUUUGUCAUUUUGGGGUCGAACGGUCCCUUUUUAACUCUGUUCUGCUGCACUAUCAGGUUUUCUCCCUGCAAUAUUCGAAACGCCUGUUUUGUGUUAUGUACUGUUGGGGGACAUCGUAGAUUUGAAGAUGGUUGUUUUUUACUGAAGAGGUUUUUAUAUAAACUGAAGGAUGACAUCACUGUGAGCAUUUCUAGCAUGCACCAGCAGACAGUUUUGUCAUUGCCCACAAAAGCCAAUACAAUCACUGUACACUGUCCAUGUUCUUUCUCUCUGCUUUGGACCCGUACAUAGUGUUUCAUGUAUUUAGAGGACUUGUUUGGGUAUAGGGGGGAUGGUUGUGGGGGAUUCUGAAAUGUAAGCGUAUGUGUGGUGAUGUCAUCGGAAGGUAUGGUGUCUUUUUUUUAAAUUAGUUAACCGUUUUGUUUUAGUUGGAAAGCAUAUGUUCAAAUGGCACCCUAUUCCCCGUAUAGUAGACUACUUUUGUUUUAAUGGUCAGGUGUAGUCCGUGUGUGGCGUUGUGCUGAGCGUUGACCAUGCUGCGCCCAUCCGGUUUUUUAUCUCCUUCUAGUUUGCAACAUCUCAUUUUUCUUUUGUGUUUCUUUAUGUAGAUGGUUUGUAACUACCUAAUAAAAGUUGAUUUCAAAUUAUAA